AUGGCAGCACAGAUGCUCAGCUCUGCAGUGGCCCAGGAGGCGGUUAGCCAAGCCUUAUCAAAUUUGAAGGAGAGGUACGGGAACAAGUCAGACGGAAAGGAGCACAUGGAAAGGAUGGUGAUGGCUCACAUCAAGCUGGAGGCCGCCCUCGAGACAUCCAACAAGUGGAACAUCACCAGCCUGCCAUUGCUGCGCUGGCAGAGCAAGCUCAAGCGCGCCGUGCAGGAGUGCGACCACACCUGCGCAGGUGCAAGCAGCGCUUGGAAGAAGAGGAGGACAGACAACACAGGUCGCGGUGGCGGCGACAACGAGCUGACAGGAUCUGCCGUCCGGAGAUUCGGCGCGGUUUGCGAGGCGGUGCGAGCGAGUUCCCUAAGAUAUGUGGAGCUCGGUGGCACACCACGCCAAUACAUGUUCUUCGACCCUAUUAUAAGGCACCUUCUCUCUGGGAAAGGAACAAGGCAUUGCUCUGUUCAUGGGGCUCAGCAUCUCUCGUUCCUUCUACAGCCGUUUAGUCUACCCGAGCAUGGGAUGGAGGGAAUGCUAAUAUUCUUACUUGAAGAUGGCAACGCGCCAGAGAAUAAUUUCUUUCUUUCCCUCAGUUUACGGCUUUCCGAGAGCACCAACAUAGUUGGGGUUGUAAUCAGAUGCCUGGAGCUAUUUACACCUCACAUGAGCUCAAUAGCCGAGACCGUGAAGACAAAGCUCACCCAGUUACCAACGCAGGACUUUUGCUGGAUGCCAGAUGCAGCUUAUUCUGUUUUUGGGAGUGAAGAACACUGGGAAGAUCUUCACACCAUCCGUUAUAAGUGGUUUCGACCCAACCCGCUUUGUUGUCAGCAAAAAGACCUUCGCUCGAUGAACCAGAUUACUCAAGUUCAUUUGUUGGGCCAAGUCGCACUGUUAGUCGGGGACAACAGACAGAGUGCGAUCGUCAAUGGAGAAACGUGCCCCAUGAGAGGAUCUUCAUUUCUAAAACUCGGGGGCACUUGUGGCCUCAUGCCUCUUCUCGAAGAUAUGUUGCCUGCAGUUGGAGGUUCAAGCAAUGAGAUGAUAAACAGAGAGGUAGCGCCAUGCGGCUUGUACGCAAACAUUUCUUUUGAGCAGCUGGGUGAGAUCAUGCUACCAAAGGCGGAAGAUUGCCUUGGCGGAAAUGUUGCAGCUACCUCAUAUCAGAUGCUGUGGAAUUCCAAGCAUGGAAGCGCAUACCUUCAGGCAGACAAGACCCCAUGGCCGCCCAUACCUUCAGGUCGGAGAGACAGAGGUGGAAAAAAUCAGAAACAAAGUCGGUUCAAGAAGGUGCAGCGCCCAUGGACAAGUGAGACAAGUGAGUUCUUGAGCUCUUGGAUUCUGCAUGCGCUUUGCCCAGUGCAGGCCUCAUUCGUGGACUGGAUUGAAAACAAAAGGCGACCGCCGCUACCAUUGUCCUCAAAAAGUACUUCAUGCGUUCAUGGUUGUCCAAUGAUGUCCUUGUCUUUGCCAGAUUAUCACGCAUCUUUAGCCAGGAAAAUCAGGUCUUACAGCACGUUCAUCGCCUUAAGGACUUGA